UAGCCGUUUCAAGUGGUGGAGGCGCCGGGUAGCCAAAAAACUAAACUCCCGGAGAGUGGUUUUGAGCCGACCCUGUUUGCCUCUCACAUUGCCAAGCGAGAACUUAAGAAUAAAAUACCAUCGAUUUUAAGGAAAAAUUUUUUUUUUUUGUGAACUGUCGUUUCGUUGUGGUCGCGAAUUAUGUUUUAAAUGAGUCGGGUGCGAAAGAAGAAGAAGAAAAAAACUUGUUGUGUGGGACUAAUUCAUCCGUUCCUAUCCGUGCGUGAGGAAAUUUCAACAAGUGACAAGAUAGCCUUUUCAAAAUGUCGUUUAACAACCUAAUUUCCGACACCGCGGCGCCGUUUGAUUUCUGUAACUCUAGUAAUCAUGAUCAAGCAGAGAAUUAUGAAAAAUUUGGAGAAUUUCUUGUUGAAUCUGAGUUAGCAAGGGGAAAAUACCGCGAUUCGGGUGUUGACAGUUUAAUUGAAUUUGGUCGCCCCAGCCUCGAAGAUUAUAAUUUUUAUGGGCCCGGUCAUCAAGAAUUCGAUGCAUUUAUCCUCUCAUUUGAACAAGCUAGAAGAAGGUACCAGUGGAGUGAUGCAAGUUCAAUCUUUUUCCUGCAAGGCCAUCUCCGUGAUUACGCACUUGAAUAUUUUAUUGGUUUUAUGCGCACCCUUGUUGAUGAGAUUCCACUAACAUGGGUGUAUAUUAGGAAGGAGUUUGCAGCCAAAUUUCAUCCUGAUUCACCGGUCAUGAAAUUUCUUAAUGCGGUUCAACAACAAAAUGAGUCACUCAUGGAUUUUAUCACUCGAAAGUUCAAACUUUGUCAAGACAACAACCUAGUGCUCUAUGAUUGCGAAUUUGUGCAUGGCGUUAUCGAAGGCCUUCUCCCUGAAUUUUCCGGUCCCUUCCGUCAGUUUUGCCCGAAUUUUACUGACAGUGAGUUUGGAUCUACUGUUUUAUAUUUUCUUGACAAUCGGCAUAUUGCAGAGCAGAAAUUAUUAAUGGAAGUCGCUUCCCUUCCAAUCAGCCCACACGGUGAAUCCAGAGACCAACCUCAAGCAGUAUCCAAAGGUCAAAAUGAUAAAAAUUCCAAAAUCAUCGUGUUUGUUCCAUUCGUGAAUUGUAUGCAAGCUGGAGUCACGCCAGGUGAAGAAAAUUCCACCAGUGUUGAGGAAACCAACUCCUACCCGAAGUCGAAAGCUUUCUUCUCGAUGACUAAGAACCAGGGUCAUGUAGCUGACGUCACCAGUGCCCACAUUUUGGAAGCUAAGGCGUCCAAAUCUACUCCGAACACUAUCUCAACAUCUGUUAUCAAUAACAAUUUUGUCAUCAAUACUUGUAAUGUAACGACGUCAGAAAAAUCAGUUCGUCCACACUCAAUUCACCUUAAAGCUUCAUUUAUUCUGUGCGGUAAAUUCAACUCCAACAGUGUCGCUC